GCGGCCACAGCGGCGGCACCGGCUGAAAUUUCUGGAAGGUGCGGCCGGAGCGGGGCUGGGAACGGGGCUGGGAUCGGGAUCCGGAUCCGGGGAAGGUGACGGCGGGCGGUGACGGCCCCCAGCGCCGCCGCCGUCAUGAACCACAAGAGCAAGAAGCGGAUCCGCGAGGCGAAGCGCAGCGCCCGCCCGGAGCUGAAGGACUCGCUGGACUGGACUCGCCACAACUACUGCGAGACCUUCCCCCUGAACCCCGCUGCUUGCAAGGAUAACGUGGAGAGGGCAGACGCGCUCCAGCUGACGGUGGAGGAGUUCGUCGAGCGCUAUGAAAAGCCGUACAAGCCCGUGGUGUUGCUGAACGCCCAGGUGGGCUGGUCUGCCCAGGAGAAGUGGACGCUGGAGAGGCUGAAACGCAAGUACAGGAACCAGAAGUUCAAGUGUGGGGAGGACAAUGACGGUUACUCUGUGAAGAUGAAGAUGAAGUACUACAUAGAGUACAUGGAAACCACACGGGAUGACAGCCCCCUGUACAUCUUUGACAGCAGUUAUGGGGAGCACCCCAAGCGCAGGAAACUCCUGGAGGACUACAAAGUACCCAAAUUCUUCACGGAUGAUCUCUUUCAGUACGCAGGAGAGAAACGGCGGCCACCUUACAGAUGGUUUGUGAUGGGCCCACCUCGAUCUGGAACAGGAAUUCACAUCGAUCCCUUGGGAACGAGUGCAUGGAAUGCCUUAGUGCAGGGACAUAAGCGUUGGUGCCUGUUCCCAACCAGCACUCCCAGAGAGCUGAUCAAAGUGACUCGAGAAGAGGGAGGGAACCAGCAGGAUGAGGCAAUCACUUGGUUCAACGUCAUCUAUCCUCGGACACAGCUUCCCACCUGGCCCCCCGAAUUCAAACCCCUGGAAGUCUUACAGAAACCAGGAGAGACAGUCUUUGUGCCAGGUGGCUGGUGGCACGUCGUUCUAAACCUUGACACGACUAUUGCCAUCACACAAAACUUUGCCAGCUGUACCAACUUCCCCGUGGUGUGGCACAAGACAGUGAGAGGGAGACCCAAACUGUCACGGAAAUGGUACAGGAUCCUGAAGCAGGAACAUCCUGACUUGGCAGCCUUGGCUGAUUCAGUUGACCUGCAGGAAUCUACUGGUAUUGCUUCUGACAGUUCAAGCGAUUCUUCCAGUUCCUCAAGUUCCAGCUCCUCAGACUCUGAUUCAGAGUGUGACUCUGGCUCCGAGACAGAGGGGAUGAUGCACCGGAGGAAAAAGCGGAGGACGUGCGGCAUGAUGGGGAACGGGGACACAACCUCCCAGGAUGACUGCGUGAGCAAAGAGCGCAGCUCCUCCAGGAUUAGGGAAUCUUGUGGAGGCCGCAGCUACCCCUGAGAGAUAACACCACCCGAUCGAAGCUCCGUUAGCAGCCAGCCAGCUCUGUUCUACCCCUUCCUGCUUCUGUUUCUCACAGUCCUUACGGUUUUUUUUUUGUCACUCUUCCUCGAUCCGGACAUCUGUCUUCGUUAUGUGCUGUCCAAGGUUGGCUCCUGAGUAGCUUGUAGGG